AUGCUGCUUCAUUUCUGUGCGACUUUUUUCUACUUUAGCAUUGUUAUCCACCUAUCACUCAUAAUACGUAUUUUUCUGAUUUAUUCUUUUUUUCUUCCUUUCUCUUUUUCUUACACAUUUUUUCUUUCUCAAUCUUUUCCUUUCCUUUAUCACACUCUUCAUUUUAUUUUCUCUUGUUCACAUCUAUCUUCAUCUUUCUUUACAACCCCCACUCUCUCUCCAUCUCUCUCUCUUUCUCACUCUCUCCUUCUCUUUCUCUCUCUCCCUCUCUCUCUCUCUGUGAUGCUGUCUUCGAUCCACGCCCUUUCUCUUUCGGAUGAUCUUUUUGAUUCUCUUCCACAUUUCGCCUCUACGAAUUCUUUUCCCAUUUUCACUCUCCCCUUCUCUCUACUCAUUCUAAUUUUUUCACGCCUGUCAUCCUCCGCUCGCGUUCUUUGUCCUCGUCAUUUUCACUUUCACUUUCACUUUCGUUUUCAAACACUUUUUCGUUGCUUCUGUCUUAAUCUUUUUUAUCAGUAUUUAAUCAUAUUUCUCCACUUUUCUCUCUCUCUCUCUCUCUCUCUCUCUCUCUCUCUCUCUCUCUCUCUCUCUCUUAUUAUCUCCUUUUUUUUCAUUUUUCCUUUCUUUUUUUCUUUAAUUGUUCUUAUUCUUCAUUUCAUUCUUUACUAUUCUCAUUUACCAUUUGUAAUUACACUUUCCUAUUCGCUCUUUCCUCCUUACACUAUUCUCUUCUCUCUUUUCUUCUUUCACUUCUCUCUUUUCUCCUUUCACUAUUCUCUUCUCUCUUUCCUCCUUACACUAUUCUCGUUUCUCUUUUCUUCUUUCACUUCUCUCUUUCCUCCUUACACUAUUCUCGUUUCUCUUUUCUUCUUUCACUUCUCUCUUUCCUCCUUACACUAUUCUCGUCUCUCUUUUCUUCUUUCACUUCUCUCUUUCCUCCUUACACUAUUCUCGUUUCUCUUUUCUUCUUUGACUUCUCUCUUUCCUCCUUACACUAUUCUCGUCUCUCUUUUCUUCUUUCACUUCUCUCUUUCCUCCUUACACUAUUCUCGUCUCUCUUUUCUUCUUUCACUUCUCUCUUUCCUCCUUUCACUAUUCUCGUUUCUCUUUUCUUCUUUAACUUCUCUCUUUCCUCCUUUACACUAUUCUCGUUUCUCUUUUUCUUCUUUCACUUCUCUCUUUCCUCCUUACACUAUUCUCGUCUCUCUUUCUUCUUUCUCUUCUCUCUUUCCUCCUUACACUAUUCUCGUCUCUCUUUUCUUCUUUCACGUCUCUCUUUCCUCAUUACACUAUUCUCUUCUCUCUUUCCUCCUUACACUAUUCUCUUCUCUCUUUCCUCCUUUCACUAUUCUCUUCUCUCUUUCCUCCUUACACUAUUCUCGUCUCUCUUUUCUUCUUUCACUUCUCUCUUUCCUCCUUUCACUAUUCUCUUCUCUCUUUCCUCCUUACACUAUUCUCGUCUCUCUUUUCUUCUUUCACUUCUCUCUUUCCUCCUCUCUUUCCUCCUUACUAUUCUCGUCUCUUUUCUUCUUUCCUUCUCUCUUUCCUCCUUACACUAUUCUCGUCUCUUUCUUUUCUUCUUUCCUUCUCUCUUUCCUCCUUACACUAUUCUCGUCUCUCUUUUCUUCUUUCACUUCUUCUCCUCUUUCCUCCCUUACACUAUUCUCGUCUCUCUUUUCUUCUUUCCUUCUCUCUUUCCUCCUUACACUAUUCUCGUCUCUCUUUUCUUCUUUCACUUCUCUCUUUCCUCCUUACACUAUUCUUUUCUCUCUUUUCUUCUUUCACUUCUCUCUUUCCUCCUUACACUAUUCUCGUCUCUCUUUUCUUCUUUCACUUCUCUCUUUCCUCCUUACACUAUUCUCGUCUCUCUUUUCUUCUUUCACUUCUCUCUUUCCUCCUUACAUUAUUCUUUUCUCUCUUUUCUUCUUUCACUUCUCUCUUUCCUCCUUACACUAUUCUCGUCUCUCUUUUCUUCUUUCACUUCUCUCUCUCUUUUCGUCUCUCUUUUCUUCUUUCACUUCUCUCUUUCCUCCUUACAUUUCUUUUCUCUUCUCUUUUCUUCUUUCUCUUCUCUCUUUCCUCCUUUCCUCCUUACACUAUUCUCGUCUCCCUUUUCUUCUUUCACUUCUCUCUUUCCUCCUUACACUAUUCUCGUCUCUCUUUUCUUCUUUCACUUCUCUCUUUCCUCCUUACACUAUUCUCGUCUCUCUUUUCUUCUUUCACUUCUCUCUUUCCUCCUUACACUAUUCUCGUCUCUCUUUUCUUCUUUCACUUCUCUCUUUCCUCCUUCUCUAUUCUCGUCUCCCUUUUCUUCUUUCUUCUCUCUUUCCUCCUUACACUAUUCUCGUCUCUCUUUUCUUCUUUCCUUCUCUCUUUCCUCCUUACACUAUUCUCGUCUCUCUUUUCUUCUUUCACUUCUCUCUUUCCUCCUCUUUUUCUUCUUCUCUCUCUUUCUUCUAUUCUCGUCUCUCUUUUUCUUCUUUCACUUCUCUCUUUCCUCCUUACACUAUUCUCGUUUCUCUUUUCUUCUUUCACUUCUCUCUUUCCUCCUUACACUAUUCUCGUCUCUCUUUCUUCUUUUUCUUCUCUCUCCUCCUUACACUAUUCUCGUUUCUCUUUUCUUCUUUCACUUCUCUCUUUCCUCCUUACACUAUUCUCGUCUCCUUUUCUUCUUUCACUUCUCUCUUUCCUCCUUACACUAUUCUCGUCUCCCUUUUUCUUCUUUCACUUCUCUCUUUCCUCCUUACACUAUUCUCGUCUCUCUUUUCUUCUUUCACUUCUCUCUUUUUUCUCCUUACACUAUUCUCGUCUCUUUUCUUCUUUCACUUCUCUCUUUCCUCCUUACACUAUUCUCGUCUCCCUUUUCUUCUUUCACUUCUCUUUCCUCCUUACACUAUUCUCGUCUCUCUUUUCUUCUUUCACUUCUCUUUCCUCCUUACACUAUUCUCGUUUCUCUUUUCUUCUUUCACUUCUCUCUUUCCUCCUUACACUAUUCUCGUCUCUCUUUUCUUCUUUCUCUUUCCUCCUUACUUCUCUCUUUCCUCUCUUACACUAUUCUCGUUUCUCUUUUCUUCUUUCACUUCUCUCUUUCCUCCUUACACUUCUCUCUUUUCCUCCUUCUCGUUCUCUCUCUUUUCUUCUUUCACUUCUCUUUCCUCCUUACACUAUUCUCGUCUCUCUUUUCUUCUUUCCUUCUCUCUUUCCUCCUUACACUAUUCUCGUCUCUUUUUCUUCUUUCACUUCUCUCUUUCCUCCUUACACUAUUCUCGUCUCUCUUUCUUCUUUCCUUCUCUUUCCUCCUUUUCACUUUCAUUCUCGUCUCUCUUUUCUUCUUUUUCCACUUCUCUCUUUCCUCCUUACACUAUUCGUCUCUCUUUUCUUCUUUCACUUCUCUCUUUCCUCCUUACACUAUUCUCGUUUCUCUUUUUUCUUCUUUCCUCCCUUACUACUUCUCUCUUUCUCCUCCUUUUUACACUAUUCUUUCUCUCUUUUUCUUCUUUCACUUCUCUCUUUCCUCCCUUUUUUCACUAUUCUCGUUUUCUCUUUUCUUCUUUCCUUCUCUCUUUCCUCCUUACACUAUUCUCGUCUCUCUCUUUUCUUCUUUCACUUCUCUCUUUCCUCCUUACACCACUAUUCUCGUCUCUCUUUCUUCUUUCCUUCUCUCUUUCCUCCUUACAUUAUUCUCAUCUCUCUUUUCUUCUUUCCUUCUCUCUUUCCUCCUUACACUAUUCUCGUCUCUCUUUUCUUCUUUCACUUCUCUCUUUUCCUCCUUACAUUAUUCUUUUUCUCUUUUUCUUCUUUCUCUUUUCUCUUUCCUCCUUACUCUUCUCGUCUCCUCUUUUCUUCUUUUCUCUUUUCUUCUUUCUUCUCUUUUCCUCCUUACACUAUUCUCGUCUCCCUUUCUUCUUUCACUUCUCUCUUUCCUCCUUACACUAUUCUCGUCUCUCUUUCUUCUUUCACUUCUCUCUUUCCUCCUUUACACUAUUCUCUUCUCUUUUUCUUCUUUCAUUUCUCUCUCCUUUCCUUUCACUUCUCUCUUUCCCCUCCUUAUUCUCUUUCUUUCUUUCUUCUUCUUUCCUCUCUUUCCUCUCUCUUUUCCUCUAUUCUCGUUCUUCUCUUUUCUUCUUUCACUUCUCUUUUCCUCCUUACACUAUUCUCGUUUCUCUUUUCUUCUUUCACUUCUCUCUUUCCUCCUUACCCCACUAUUCUCGUCUCUCUUUUCUUCUUUCACUUCUCUUUUCCUCCUUACACUAUUCUCGUUUCUCUUUUUUUUCACUUCUCUCUUUUCUUCACUUUCACUUCUCUCUUUCCUCCUUAAACUAUUCUCGUCUCCCUUUUCUUCUUUCUUCUCUCUUUCCUCCUUACACUAUUCUCGUCUCUCUUUUUCUUCUUUCACUUCUCUCUUUCCUCCUUACACUAUUCUCGUUUCUCUUUCUUCUUUCACUUCUCUCUUUCCUCCUUUUUUUGCUUACAAAUUCUCGUCUCUCUUUCUUCUUUCACUUCUCUCUUUCCUCCUUACACUGUUCUCGUUUCUCUUUUUUCUUCUUUCUUUUCUUCUCUCUUUUCUCCUUUAACUUUCUCGUUUCUCUUUUCUUCCCUUCUCUCUUUCCUCCUUAUACUUUCUUUAAAUCUCUCCUUUCUCUUUUCUUUCUCGAGUCCCUUCUUUCACUUCUCUCUUUCCUCCUUACAAAUUCUCGUUUUCUCUCUUUUCUUCCUUUUAAAAAAUUCUCGGAAUGUUUUUUUCUUUUGUCCUUAUUCCAUUCAUAUUCUCGUUUCUCUUUUCUUCUUUUCCUUCUCUCUUUCCUCCUUGAGGCUUAUUUUCGUCUCUCUUUUUUUCUUUCCUUCUCUCUUUUCCUCCUUACACUAUUCUCGUCUCUCUUUUCUUCUUUCCUUUUCUCUUUCCUCCUUACACUAUUCUCAUCUCUCUUUUCUUCUUUCACUUCUCUCUUUUGGUUUUCUUCUCUCCUUACAAAAUUCUCGUUCUCUCUUUUCUUCUUUCACUUCUCUGGCUUUCCUCCUUUCUUCUUUCAUUUUACCUUCUCCUUAACUAACUCGACUCUUUUCUUUUUCACUUCUCUCUUUCCUCCUUAA